CGGUUGACGGGAGUGAGUAGUGACGUCACACAGGGCCUCUCUAAGUGGGCUUGUGAAUGGCUAGAUUGGGAAGCACCGGCGGGGUGUGGGGAACAGUGGUGACGCAACAUAGAGACUCCGCCUCCUGCCUUGGAGCCCUGAGACUCGGGCUGCGGGAGCUCGGGCCAAUGAGAGAGACCGCCCCAGAAUGGCAUGGUAACUAUUCGACCCUUUCCUUGGCCCGGUCCGCGGGCGCUGCUGGGAAGGCUUUCUCGUCUCUGCCGGCCAGGCCAGACCACGUGCGGAGUUUGAGGACCCUCCCGGGAGGUGAUGGAACACAGCUGAGAGGUCUGACAAGAUGUACCAGGUCCCACUGCCACUGGACCGGGAUGGGACCCUGGUACGGCUCCGCUUCACCCUGGUGGCGCUGGUCACGGUCUGCUGUCCACUUGUCGCCUUCCUCUUCUGCAUCCUCUGGUCCCUGCUCUUCCACUUCAAGGAGACAACGGCCACACACUGUGGGGAUGUUCUCUGCGGCCUCCCAGCCCUUGGACCCCGAUGGGACCGUGUUCCGGCUUCGCUUCACAGCCAUGGUCUGGUGGGUCAUCACUUUUCCUGUGUUCGGCUUCUUCUUCUGCAUCAUCUGGUCCCUGGUGUUCCACUUUGAGUACACAGUGGCCACUGACUGUGGGGUGCCCAAUUACCUGCCCUCGGUGAGCUCGGCCAUCGGCGGGGAGGUGCCCCAGCGCUACGUGUGGCGUUUCUGCAUCGGCCUGCACUCGGCACCUCGCUUCUUGGUGGCCUUCGCCUACUGGAACCACUACCUCAGCUGUGCCUCCCCGUGUUCCUGCUACCGCCCACUCUGCCGCAUCAACUUCGGCCUCAAUGUCGUGGAGAACCUCGCGUUGCUAGUGCUCACUUACGUCUCCUCCUCUGAGGACUUCACCAUCCACGAGAAUGCUUUCAUUGUGUUCAUCGCCUCAUCCCUCGGGCACAUGCUCCUCACCUGCAUUCUCUGGCGGCUGACCAAGAAGCACACAGUAAGUCAGGAGGAUCGCAAGUCCUACAGCUGGAAACAGCGGCUCUUCAUCAUCAACUUCGUCUCCUUCUUCUCGGCGCUGGCUGUCUACUUUCGGCACAACAUGUAUUGUGAGGCUGGAGUGUACACCAUCUUUGCCAUCCUGGAGUACACUGUUGUCCUAACCAACAUGGCGUUCCACAUGACGGCCUGGUGGGACUUCGGGAAUAAGGAGCUGCUCAUAACCUCUCAGCCUGAGGAAAAGCGAUUCUGAACACUUCAAUCCUGCUUGGGAGGCAGCCCACUGCCCAGAAACAAGAAACAAGAUACCAUUCUGGCCUUCCCCACCCCACAUCCUCUCUUGGCCUUACUGAAGAUGGGGGAAGGGUAAGAAGGGCAUAGGCCAAGGCUCACCCCAGUGCUGCUGGCUUCUCUCCACCCCUCAUAUGGGCAUAGGGGUCCUCAAGCAACAUCACCUUUACCUGAGAGGCCCCAAGAAGCUGAGCUGAGCUGGCAGAGCGCUCCAACAUUUGGUGCUAAAAAAAAUGUCCUGAGGUUCAUGACCACCAUCCAGUUUCUGGCCUUUACAUAGCUACCUUUCACUAAGGUCAGGAGCCCCUGAGCAGUGGCUGCUCCCUGACAACCACAGCCAUUUCUCUCCACGGGGUCAUUCACAUGACUAAUGUAUUUCAUUAUCUACUGCACACAUCCAGGCCUGUGGCCAUAGUCCCCUGCUAAAGCUGCUCAGGUGUUCUAGAUUUCACCCUUUUGAUUUGGUAUGUGCCCUAGGGUAUGUACCCUUCCCUGUCUAAGCAUCAGCAUGUCCAUGUGUCUGAUGGGAGAUGGGUGGGCUGUAUGAUUUCCAAUACCAGUCUGUGGUUCUGAUGUCAUCGGGUGGUGGUGGUGGUGUAUACCUAAAGGAUGACCUGCUACAGAAAAAGCACCAGCACAGCAUGUAUUUUCUUCUCUCUUCUGAAAGUUCUGGCUUACAGACCCCUUCCCUCCUUUGAAAGGUAUGGCAUAGAGGAGUCAGAUGCAGAUCCCUACCCUAAAAUGGGCUCCCAGGUAUCUCCUGUCUUCCCUACUGCUCCAAACCCUAAGUUUUGGUUGUGCAUUUUAAAGGAAAAUAAAUUUUCUAUUUUUU